AUGCCUCAGCUUCGCAACCGCUUCAGGAACAGUCGUCCAAAUCGAUACAACCGGGGAAAAGCUAGAGGAGCUAUGAAUGUGCUGGUCACAGAACCUCUUAGGGAAGGCGUUGCUUCUGCUCAGGAAAGGACCAUAGAAGGCGUUCCGCAACAACGUGAUGUUCCAAGACGUGGUAGAGGACGAGGCUUCAGAGGGUUUCCGCGUGGUGGACGAGGAGGAAGUAACUCGGCACCAACACAUAACGACACUGGAUUCAACCCGAAUGCGGCGCCGUUUGUCCCCACCUUUGCUGCUGCUCCAGAGUUCAUCGAAAGAGCAUCUCAGGAGACCUUAUCGUCAGAGAACAAUAGGGGCCCACAACUUCCAACUGGAGGACCUACGUAUCGAGAGAACAGAAGAUUUGCCUUUGAUCGGACUGAAAACCAACCACUUCGACCACUUCGCCCAGAGUUUCGCCGCGGCCCAGCGUCAAAUGCUGGGGCCAACUUCAAUAAAACUCGUGGAGGUCAAGCUCAAAAUCGUCGGAAGUUCAUACGCAGGUUGGAGUCGGACGACCAAAGUGAUCAGGAUAAGUCCAUGAGAGAACGCCUAAUGAAUCAGCUGGAAAGCAAUCGAUACGAGUGUGCUAUUUGCUGCCAAAUUAUUCUUGCCAGACAGGGUAUCUGGUCUUGCAAGACAUGUUACCAUAUGUUCCACAUUUCUGGUGGUUGUAUAAUCAACUGGGCAAAGAAGAGCAAGGAGGAUGAUAACAAUUGCCAUUCGACGGGUGGUUCUGGAUGUGGACCUUGUCCGUCGGCACCUGAGCGUAUUACUCAUUGCCCUUGUGGGCGCUGCACUCUCGAAGAACUAGGUAUCCAGCGAAAGUCGUGCGAGGAUCCGAUCCCAACAUGUAGAAACAUCUGCGCAAAAGUGUUAAUGUGUGGCAGUGCUGAGAAGAAACAUCGCUGCCGAGCGCUGUGUCAUCCAGGUGAAUGUCCUCCAUGUGGUUUGAACACCAGUGUGGUUUGUCGAUGCAAGCAAGUGAAACGGACGUUGCCGUGUGCUGAAUAUGUGCAGUUUGCAGUC